CCUCAGUCCGGCUCAACUGAAAAUGUACUGACUCAUUUUAGCACAACUCUGCAGGUUUAAUUUGACUUCACAUCAACCCAGGCUUCUUCCAGCGAACACCACGGCCCUUCUUACCUCAUAUAUUCAGAGGAUUUUUAAAGAAAGUGCGAGCUGGAAACCAUGAGUCACCUCAACCCGGGACUUAUUUCAGCCUACAACAGUCUGACCGACAAACAUCUGGCUGGAUACUUCAGCAACACUCGGAUCAGGAGACACCUGCAGAGAGCAGGACUGAUCACCAGAAGUGGGCGCAUUGUUCCAGACAAGGAGUACAGACACAAGCUGAUCCAGAGAGCCCACCAGAGACACGUUCGAGAAUGCCUGGCCCAGGCCAUUUUCCACAAGGUGCUGGAGAUGGAGCGUGUCCAUCAAAUAGAGAUCAAAAGGAAACUGGAGGAGUUUGCAAGGAGGGAAAGAGUGCAUAAGAUCAAGGUGGAUCGUUCUAAAAGGUAUGAAGAAGACAUCAUCCGCAUCCUGUCUCCACGCCCACCCACUGGUGCAAGGGGCAUCCGAAAACAGCACUCUGGGCCAGAAGGGGAGCACUCCGAAUCCUCAGAGUCUCCAGGAUCGUCUCGACCCAACACGGCUCCAGGGAAGAUGCAGAGGCCGGUGCGCCUGAAGCCGAUCCACAGUAACAGCACCACAGCUUCACUCAGACGCAGCUCCCCUUACAGACUCCUCGAGUCCUCCAAUGAGAACGACCAGCCAUUCAACUGCACUAUGGACAAGGAGCCCCGGAGACGUUUGACCACAACGGAGGUGUCCCAAGGCAUCUCUCCCUACUGCCUCCCAGUCAUCAACAACUUUGUCACCCCAGUGCCUCCGGCCACAAAGAGGAAAGAGAGGGGGGUAAAGGUCACUCCCAGCGGCACGCUCAGAGGCCGCAGACUGCGUCCUACCACCGCCUCCAGCGGAGCUGACGUCAAUGAGGACCCGCCGAUGCUGAGGAGCUCUGUGCACCAGAGCAGAGUGUGUGUGACCAUGAUGUACUUUGGGAAAACGGUGCAUCUUUCCCAUGACCUGACCGACAUGAGGGAUGAGGUCAAAGUGUUUCAGCAACACUGCGGAGGAGAGAACCUGUGUGUUUACAAGGGCAAGCUCUGCGAGGGAGAGACUUUUCAGUUCAUUUCAAGGCGACACAGAGGUUUCCCCUUCAGCUUGACCUUCUUCCUGAACGGGCUGCAGGUGGAGCGGCUGAGCUCCUGCUGCGAGUUCAAACACAGGAAGGGCUCCAGACUUGGUGGCAGGCACGGACACUUUGGCUUCUGCGGAGUAGAAGGAGCCUCUCCCUGCUACAAGUGCAUCAUAGCAAUGGGAUUAGACAAAAAGCCCACUCCUCCACCAAAGAGGGUCAAAGAGGACAGUGGAAGAGAGGAGUCAGCUCCCAGCCCGAGGAAUGCUCCUGAGAUGGAGACAGAGAGAACCAGAGAGGGUGCUGCAUCCCACUCUGAGUGUGAAACCAGCCAACCACAGGACAUGGAGACUCAGGUCAAAGAAGAAACAGCAGCUGAGGAGGACAAAGUCAGAGAUGACUAUGAGGAAGACUUUGAAGCAGAUGACGAGGGCCCUGCUGACGAUGCAGAGGCAAAAGAAAAGAAAUCCUCAUCUCCAGUUGGUGAGACUGAAAGGCAGGUUAAAGAGAGAGACGCCUCUGAGACUGAAGACGAUGAGAAGGAUGACGACGUGAAGUCUCGUUCAAGCUCCAGCUCCUCAGGCAGUGAUCGGGAGGAGAGCGAUGCUGAAGCCACCAAAGACUCCAGAGAGGACGAGAAAGCAGAGCAACCUAAAGAGGUCGAUCAAGAGGAAACCGCUGUUCCAGCAGACGAAAAAAAAGAAGAACCAAAUGUAGAAGAAGCUGCUGCCACUGAGGCCGAGCCUGCUGUAGCUAAAGACUCAGAGCUACAGGACAGUGCGGGAGACAGCACAGAGAUAGACAUCUCUGACACCAGCGUCCCCUCAGGGAAUGAGAAUAAACAGAGCGAUGACACCUCAGGAGACAACGAGGUGGAGAAAAGGGUAGAUGAGAGCGGUCAAGAGCAGGAACAGGAGAGGGCCAAAUCUGUGCAGGAGAAGCUGGCAGAAGCCAUACUAAAGGAGUCCCAGUGCAGCUCUGAGCCUGAACUGAGCGACACCAGCACUGAGGAGGAGGAGGAGUCCACAGAUAAAGGCCCUGAACAGGACAGCAAGGAUGCAGUUGCAGUGAAAUCUGUGACAUUUAUAGAACAACAACAGACAAUCACAGAGGAGACGAAAUGUGAGGAAGGUGUUGCUGGUGAAGCUGAAGUGGUUCAGGACCAUGAAGAGACGUCUGAACCAAAAGAACAGGAGGACGCAACUGAACAAGAGCCCCACGAGAACAGUGAGAGCACUCAAGAUGAGAAGGUCAAAGUAGAAGAGGAAAAUGAAAAGGCUGCAUCAGAAGAAGACAAAAACACAGCAGAGAACGAUAAAUCAGAGGACGUAGAAGAUACAGAUGCAGCUCCUGUAUCUGAAGAGAAAAUGGCUGAGGAUGACAAGACGUCAGAACCUCAAGAAGAUGCAGCAGCUAAAUCUGCUGAUGUUGAGGCUGUGGAGAAAGACGAAGAAAACGAGGUGAAAACUGCGGCGGAGGCUGACACGCAACCCAAUGAGACGGGGCAAGGGGCAGAAAGCGUCGAGGAGGAUGAGUCAUUGGUAUCAGAGCCGAAUAAAAAGACUGAUGAGACAGCAGCGGCAGAUAAUGCAGAGGCGGAGGCGAUGACAGCGAGCGAGACAAUGGAGAUGAAAGCAGAGCCCUCAGAGGAGCGAGAGGCCCUCAACUGUGAAGAGGCACCUGUAAGCGACGCAGAGAAGAGGCAGCAGGGAGACAGCGGGGACAGAGAUGCAGCAUCAGAAACAGAAGUCACAGUGGAGAAUUCAAGCAGCUCGUUGGCAGGGAGCGGAGACACCACAGUGGAAAAAAUAGCAGAUACAAGUGAGGACAAUGCAAAAAAUGAGAGCGGUAAAGAUGAUGUGAAAGAAAAGGAAGCAGAAGAAGAGGCAAGUAAUGACAGUCAGCAAGAAAGGGGUGACAUGGGAGAAGAGCAGAUAGAAAAAUCAUCUGUGGAAAUAGAUGAUAAAGUAGAGGAGAAAUCUGAAGUGGAAGGUAAAGAAGAGGAGCAAGCAAAUCCCGAUGAGCUAGCAGAAGCGGAAAAUAAAGAGGAAAGUGAAAAGGAUGAUAAAGACAAGACAGAAGAAGAAGAGAAUAAUGAGAGUAGGGUAGAAGAAAAGUUAGAAAAAGAGGAAAACAUUUCAGAGGGGACAAAAAGUGAGUCAAACACUGAAGGAAAGACAAAUGAAAAACAAGCUGAGAAAACCCACAAUGACGAAGUUGCAAAUGAAGAGAAGGAAGACGAAUCAGAAAAAACACAGAGAGACGAGGAUCUCGAAUGCGUCAAGAAUGAAAAUGAAGAGGAAGAGUCUGAAGAAAAGGAAGCUGCUACUGAUAAAACUAAUGAGGGUGACAAGACAAACACAGCUGCUGAUGAGGAGAAGGAUGAUAAAGCAGAAAAGGAAGAAAAAGAUCAAAAUAAGGACAAUGACGAGCAACCUGUGACGAAUAAAGAUGAUGAAGAAUCUGGGGAGAAAAAAGUUGAAACUGAUAAGACUGCAGAGGGAGAAGAAGUAGCUGAGAUUACAGAGGAAUCUGAGAAGAGUGCAGCUGCGGACUUGGAUAAAGACAGUGUGAAAGUGUCUGAUGAAAAUAUUGUUGAGUCAGAAGAUGCUGCUUACAGUGAAGCAGCAAAUGUAGAACAUGCGACUAAAAUGACUGAAGAGACGCCAAACAACCUGAUGGAGGAUGAAGAUGUUAAAGAAACUGAAGGAGGAAGUGACGAUAUCAAAAAGGUAGAAGUUGAUGCUGAGAAUGGAGAGAUUUCUACUGAAGCAGAAAACAAAACUCAUGAGGAUGAAGGAGUGGCUCAAGCAGAAGGCAAAGAUGACAUGAAAACAGCGGAGAAUAUCGAGACAAAAACAGAGGAACCUACUGAAAAUGAAAGCACAGAGGUUAAAGAAGUAGCCAUUGAGUCUGAAGACAGUACUGAUAAACAUGAAGACGACAAGGCCGAAGAGGCUCCUGACACUGAUGUCAUACAAAGGGAGGCUGAGGAAAGGGAUGGCAAUGUGGAAAAGCAAGAUGAAUCCACUAAAAACGACCCAGAGCCGGAGACGUCUGGUACGGAAAUAAAAGAGGAAUCUAAAUCAGAUGACAGAACGGAUGAUGAAACAAAACAAGAUGAAAAUGGAAACAUAUCUGACCUUGGUCAUGAAAACAGAGAUUCAGAUUUGAUUAACAAGAGCAAUAACGUUGAGAGUAAUGUCAGCGAGGUGAUAGUUGCUUCUUCAGGCGAUCAGGCACAGUCUUCAGCACCCACUGCUGUGGAUUUGGACGAUACCGCUCACAAGUUAGACGAGUCAUCCACUGCACCAUCUGACUCUAAGGCUGACAAAAACCCACAUGAAAAUGCCGCUGCCACAGAACCCUCCCCUGCCGACGGAGAAAACAGAGCAGACACGGAGGAGGCAAGCAAGGCCUCAGAGGAAGGAGCAAGCGUCCUGCUGAAGCCUCAAGCACAGUCGUCAGAACUCGCACAAAAUAAUGAUAACAAAGAAGAGAGCGCUGCAGUAGGUAAAGAAACUCCAGAGGCCUUAGCUUUAGAAGACAACACAGAUUUGGUCAAAAACUGGGUGACCAUGCAUCAAACCUCAAAGUAUUUUGAGACGUUCGUCGAACCUUUAGAAGAAUUGAAGGAAACGACUUCAGACACUCAAGUAUCCAACUCUAAUGAAGAAGGGACACAAUCGACAGAACUGCCGAGAUCAGCAAGUCCACUCAAGAUGGCGAAGGUGUCUGAAGAUGCAGAACAAGAGCACACGGUAGAAGAUUUAAACGAGUCAGAGGACAAAAGCAAAGAGGAAGCUGUGGAGACAAACCCAGAGAAAAAUCACUCUGAAAAUGGUGAACCAUUUGAGAAAGACACACCGCAAGUGGAGGAGGAGACUGAGGUGAAAGACUUGAUACCAAAACAAGAAAAUGAUAAGGAAUCUGUGAAUGGGCAAGACUUGAAGUUAGAGGAGCACAAAGGAAGCGGAGGAUCUCAGGAAGAAGACAAGGUGCAGGAUAAUGGUGAUAUUUCCAAAACUGAAGUGGAAAGCAUUGCAGGAAGUCAUCAUUCAGCAGCCAGUGGCAGAUCUGAGAGAGUCACUGAGAAUCAAACAGAGGUGAAAACUACUGAUAAUGAUCCUGACUUUAAUGACAAACAAACACCAAUUGAAGAAGUGAAAGAUCUUCUACCUUCAUCCAAAACAGAAGAUCAUCAUGAGCGUUCGACAAGUCCAGAAGGGCUCUCCAAACUGAAAGCCGAUGAACCAAAAGAUACCAAAGAAACAUGGGAACAAAGUCGAGAAGUUACAGAAAUAACUGGUUUUACAACGUCCAAGUCAGACGAUGGAAGCCAGGAGGAGCAGCACCAUAAAGACAGCCAACUCAAACCGUCGGACGGGAGCAUCAACGGAGAGAGAAGAGACGUGCAGUUGAUCCAAGACAUCAAACACACUCUCAGUAAAGACCGGCUGAGCACUUUCACAGUGGAUGAAACACUGUUCGGUCGAAGUUCGUAUCCUUUGCUGACCGCUGCGAAGACAGAGAGUGGACAUUAGAGCUGCCCACUUCAGAGUGGCACCAAGGUACAGUGAUGCUUUACUUGCUUUUUGUAGUUUACAAGAUGGUAUAAAAGUAUAUUUAUAAAACAGAGCAAUUAGACAAUCAGAUGGCAACACUAUGAAACAGAAACAUUUGUAGGGAUCAUGAAAUGCAAUUUGGUUUAUUGAUCAGUUUCCCAAAAGUGAAAACAAGAUGAUUUUAGUUUUGACAGAGGCCCCCAAGUGUCUUGUGGUGUCUGUGUUUACAUUACAACGGCUUCUUUAAUAGUCUUCAUCCUUCAGUCACCGAAAAGAAGAAGCUGUAUGAUGAGUUUUGACUGCUGCACAAAAUGUUUACAAAAGACCAUCUCUUCCUAUUGUUGGUAACAAAGAGGCGUAGUUUGUGUGAGGUAUCAAGUGCAGCUGCUAUCACCCAUUACCUGUAAACAGAUACUCUUCCACUCACGCUCACAAAUGAUUAAAUAAUUCAUAGUUGUUGGACUCCCACAGCUUAGUUUGUCCCAAGUACACUUUACAUUUCCACUGAUGUUACAGUACUUCAGCUUUGAUCAGAGAUCUGUAAUUGCACUGUCUGUGUUAAUGAGAGUUUUAGACCUGUAAAGGGUAACUUGAGUAUUUUCUUCAACUUGGACCCUUUUUACUGUGCUUUUGUGUCUAAAUGACAAAUGGGAACAAUAAUAGCAGUCGUGCAGUGUUUGUUUUUGUCACUGACAGGCUCAGAUUAUUAUUCUAAGUGUCUAACAACAGUAUGAAAAGGAUCCCUACAGAGACAGACCUUUUUUGUUUAAGAAUAAUAUCCUUUCUGUUUAACCAAAAACAGCCAUAAAAUCACAAUUGCCAAAGCCACCAGACUCUGUUUAAAUGAAUGGUAAUUUUAGCGUGUAUAUAGCCAGUAUAUUUUCACACAUAAGUGAGUGAAUUAAGGGUUUACAUCAACCAAACCAGAGUUGGUUAUUGCUGUGACAAUGGAAAAAGGAAUGAAGGGUUUUGUGAUUUUUAUUUUGUUUCUGUGGACUUUGAAUGAACUGUGUUUUACACUGAUAAAAAUACUGUUUAUUUAAAUGGAGUCUGGUUGGAUGGUAAGAGGAUUUCAAAGCCGUUUCUGGUUAAAGAAAAAGGACCAUACUCUUUUACAAGAAGGUCUAUCUCUGUAGGGAUCCUUUCCAUGAUGUUGUCAGAAACAAUCUGAGCCUGCCUGUGGAAAAAACAAGCAAUAUUAGUGGAUGUAAAUUGAUGGGGCAAACAUGCCCCGUGCAAACAUGAUUACAUUGCAACGUUUCACCGCUUCUGGCUACAGUGGUCUGGCUUAACACUGGACCAAUUUUAAAACUGUUCUCAUUAGUCAUUUAGACACAAAAACAUGAGAAAACAGGGUCCAGGUUAAAAAAAAAAAUCAAAAUUAUCCUUUAACAUAAUUAUUUGUUUAGCUGACAUCUAGACAAAAAUGCAGCGGAACAACAAGAAUGUUAACCUAAGCUAACAUGAUUUAUUCGCUCAUCAUUAGGCUACUUAUUAGUCAAACAAAACAGUGGUAACAUUGUAAAAUGUCAAAUCUAGGCACUGAGUUGUGUCAUUAUUGCUGCUAACACUACCUCUUAGUAAAGAAAAAUACUUAAUAUUUAUCUGUACUGCCUUUUACCCAAGUUUGUAUGGCUAGUGUGGGUUUGUGAGGCUUCAUCUUUUCAAUUGAUAUCUGUCAGUGACUGAACGCUUGUGUGAUUUUGCCACUCGAAAAA